AUGAAACUCGCCGACCUAACAUGGACUGAGUUUUAUUCGAGACCAGAUCAGACGGUUUCGAAACGCCCGAGUUCUGUGGCGAAAUUCAUACAGCCGAGUAAGAAGGUUGUACCCAAUACGAACGUACUAGGUAAUGGUCGAGACUCUUAUACGGGAACGAGGAAUAAUAAAGGGAACAAAGGUGGAGGCAGAGGUGGCCAGGAGAACAAGCAUGUACAAGGUACUGAUGGUCACAAGAACCAUGCCAAUACUUGCGGGACCUUGGGCAACAAAUCUAUUCAGGCAGCCGAACCUCCUAAGCCAAAAUAUAAAGAGACCAAGGACUGUGCUGAGGCCGAUUGCAGCUGGCGCAUGACCCAACGUGAGCUGAAUGGACGCUGGAAUGGCACGCACGCAGAGAAAUGUAAACAUUUUAUUGCGAAGUGUGCAG